AUGGUUCGUACUCAAGCACGGCUAAACCCCUCUGCCAAAAGGGGAGCCCAAGCUGAUGGCUUUCAGCCUUCCAAUUCACCAAUACCGAGGCCUUUGCGACCGGGACCUUCCAGCAUUUCCCCAGCCCCAAACCCGUUUGGUGAUCCAGGUCGCAUACUCCCUGAUGAAGAGAAGCAGCAUGCGGAGCUCCAUUCCAUCAUCAACGGCAACGAACAUGUCAAUACAAGUCAUCGCGGCGGUGAGGAGGUUGUCCUGAGCAGAAAUCGAACUCACCGCCAUGUCGAAGCACUGAAAGCGAAGAGCGAUGCUUAUGUCGACUACACGAACAAAACACUUACGCCAGAGCAAACAGACUUUAUGAUACAGCAGCUUGAGAAACAAGCCGACCCACGAUUGCAGCGAACGUACGUAAAUGGCUUGGCAAUUGAAAGGGUCAUAAGCUCGGCGCCCGUACUAUCAGUGGGAUUGAAAUUUCUACGAGGCGCCGAUAAAGCCCAGGUCAACCGCAGCGAACAAAUUGAUAUGGAAGGGAAAAUACCCGACCAAAAGGAUGCGCUGUGGCGGGUAGAUACCGCAGGUUCACUUCUCACCCAAUUCAAUGUAUCUCCAGAUCUACAGAUCGUGCAGACUGAUCAGACCGCAAGCAUUGUAGCAAGAGCCAAGAACCAAGCGCGUGAGCCUGAACGAAUAUUCCCAGGUCAGCGGAGGGCCCUUGCUUCGCGCAAGCGGCCUGCUGAUACAUUGACUAUCGACAGCGAGCGCGUGACUAUUGUCAAUGAUCUUCGACUCGGGAACUGGGACCUGAGGGGACUACUAGUCGAAGUAGAUUGGAGUUCUCUAUGGGACUUGAUGGUAAACUAUCGGAAUUUAAUAGCAGGAGGCGGCCCUGAGAUGACAUUUGAGGAGACCAGGACUCUUCUUGAAACGAUGAUUGAGGACGCCCGUCGGCUAUGCAUCAGGAGUCCGAUCCUCUUUAGGAUGGCUACCCGCGUCAGCAUCAUCAAUUCCGAGAAUACGCGGUAUGGAAUUAACCUCGGACCAAUGUUCAAAACCCUUACCACCAGCAAGGGUAUCAAAGAGAUCAUCUCUCUUAGCGCGUCAUACUACAAUUCUCUGGACCCCACCGGUAGUGACGAUUCCACACAGAAAUACAUCAGACCCCGAUUCCUGCAAAUGCUUGUCUUGCUCUUGUCAUUGCUAAACAAUGAGGAUCUAGCAGAAAUGAAGGACUUCUUGGAGGCGACAUACAAGAUCAAAGCCGAUCGACGGGACAUCGAGUUGUUGAUUUUGAAGGUCAUUCCCCUGUUGUCAAUCAAUCCGCGGGUGUUUUUGAAUUCAUUGGUGCCUGCAAUCGAUGGAUAUCCACUACCGGCUGACAGCGCUAACACAGAUGAAAAACACAGCGAUUUCUGGAAUAUAUUUGUCAAGAAUAUCCUCGAGGACGGCUAUCUUCUUCCCGGGACGGUUGAUGACCUCGGCCGGAGGUCCCUCUCAUGGAUUGUCAAGUGGCCGGAGGAUGGCUUCAAAUCAACAACAAUAUUUAAUCACUUACAAUAUGCAGGACGUCUAAGAACGAUCAAUGACAUCCCUCCUGUCGAAGUACACCCUGGAUCGAAAUGCACUGAAUUGACUGUUGUUAUGACAGAUGACAGUAAAUAUAUCAUUAGCCCUAGAGACCUCGAUGGCAUCGUGAACAUGACACCAGGGAAAUACGUUGUGCAAGCAACGAAAGGGGAAAAACAGUGCUAUGACUUAUUGAUUCAAGAGAAGCCACUCAAUGACGAAAUCUACAAGGCAAUCAAACAGACCAACGAGAUCGUUCACUUGGUGAACUACUGGUUAGCGAAUCCGACGAAACGAAGAAAUGCUAUGAUCAACAAAAUCCUCCCGAAAAAAUCGGAGCCUCAGCCAUUCCUGAACGAAUUCAGAGCCACUGGAAGGCUGGUAGAAGUACUCGCAUUCUUGAACAAGAGUACCUUGGCCGUCACAUACAAGUUGGAGGGGCGCAAGCUUAGCCGGAUAGAUGCCAUUCAGAACUUGGCCAGGGACACUCGGCAAUUGCGCGCCUUCAUCGAUCGUAUUGAGCAGCGUGGAAGCAUAAUCGAAUUCGGCUUCAACAAUGCCGAGAAACGACAAUUUAAGAAUAGGUUUGAUCAAGUGAGAGCUGAGAUAGAGCUUGCUGAAAAGAGCCGAGAGAUGAUCGGUAUCGAUAAAGAACUCUCCAAUGAACCGAUAGUGAAGUGCCUAUAUCCCGCCGGCGUAGAAAUGGGUGGUGAAAAUGUUUGGAACGGGUACGAGGCGCGCUGUACGGAACAAACCGGAUACUUACGCGUCAAGGCCAAAUAUUUAACCAUUCAUAGCGUCAAAUGGCUGACGGGCGAGGUUAUCGAGCUUUCCUUCGACCAGCACCAGCAGUCUCCCAAGACAUAUGUGACGCCUCUCCGGCCGGUUCCGGAAGGUUAUCGGGAUGACGAAGCCAGGGUUGAUGACCUUGCAAUCCUUCUUGGAAAUUAUAUUGCUAUUGGGAAACGGAAUGAAAACAGCUCUGUGCCGAAUGAGGAUCUCACCAUGAUCAACUACCUGAGGAUCGUGAGCAUGCAAGAGCAUAAUCAGAGCCGGCGUGGGAAGAAUCAAAUGCAGGAAUCCCACAGUCAGGUAUGCAGCUUCAAGUGA